AUGAGUCAACAAUACCGCACUUCGCAGCAACAGCAGGGGCGCGUCAAGAAGAAGGAGGAGGAUCCCGCUGAUUUCAUGCGACUGUCUGAAAGGGAGAUCGCAUCUUGUAUCAGCGAGAUGGGAAUACCCUUCCAGCCCUCCGACCUCAUGAAACCCAACCCUCAAGUCAUUCAGAUGGUGUUCGAGCACUUCGGCGAGCUGGUCAUGAACGCGACUCGUCAAUCCCUCGACCCCGCCAUGCGCGCCGCAGCGGAAGACGUCUGCGCCGAAUUCCCUGAGCUGGUACCGGUUGAAACGAGGCUUCUUAUGGGUUUUUUUGUCCAACUGCGGACAAUGCUGGAGCAGUGCGGGAUCAACGAUUUCUCCUUCAAUGAUCUGGUUCGGCCGACCCAUGACCGCCUGGUCAAGAUCUUCUCAUAUACCAUCAACUUCAUCCGAUUUCGAGAGACGCAUACGAGCAUGAUAGAUGACAACUUCAACAAGGCGGAAACCACCAAGGCAAGAAUUGAGACGCUGUACACGGAAAAUCAAGACAUGGAGCAACGACUGGAGGAGAUGAAACACAACCGAAAAACCAUGGAGGCCGCUGUCAAGGACAAGAUCCGCCGAAAUGACGAACUGAAGGCUCGUUUGCUGGAACUGCGUAAGGGCCAGGAAAGAGUUGCAGAACAGCUGGAACGAGCGAAGGCCGAGAAGACACGGGCGCAGGCCACUCUGGAAGAGAAAACGGAGAGACUGGUCAAAGCACGGCAAGAGAGCGAGAAACUAAGACCAUAUGUGCUACAGAGCCCGGCUGCGCUGCAGAACGCCUUGACCGAGCUGUCGGAAAACUUGAUGCGCGAAAAGAGCCAAAUUGACCUACUGGAGCGACGAGGUCGAGCGCUACAAACUUCUGGUGACAGUUUUGGCGUGGUGCAAAACGACAUACAGGCGUGCGUGAAGAUCCUGGAAGAGAUUGCAGUUGAGCUACAGAAGGAGGAAGAGGAAGAUGCAAGGGCAGCCAAGAACCGGGACGCAUUGGCCGAACGGGGCAACAACGUGCGGGAGGUGGAGCAGAAUGAGAAGAUGUUGCAGCGGCAGCUCAAGAAAUGGGAGGAACGUACAGAGGAGUUGCGGCGGAAGCACAAAGAACGAGACGAAGCGAACAAGACCAAGAUGGACGAGCUGCGAGACAUCCAAAAACAGCUCCGAGACGAGAGAGCUGACAAGGGGCGGGAGAUGGAGAGAAGAAGAGUGCGGAUUGAGCAGACCGAGAAGAAGAUGGCGGAUCUCAAGGACAACAUCGAAAACGAAGUCCAUUCUGCUCACGAGGAGUAUCUGAAACUCGAGUCGCACAUCAAGCUGUACAUCACGGAAAUGGAGCAAAGUAUAUGA